AUGCGGCCGGCGGGGCCACCGACGAAGCCCGCCGGCGCCGGCGCCGGCGCCGGGGCGGUCCAGGGCAGCAGCAGGCGUAGUAGUAGGAGGCCCGGCGGCGCCGUCCUGAGGCUGCUGCAGGCGCCGGCGGUCGUGGCGCUGGCGGCGGCGCUCGCGGUGUCGUCGUCGCCGGGGCCGGGGCCCCCGGCGUCGGAGCCGCUAUGCAACCUCCCGCCGACGCUGUCCGGCGAGGACGGCGGCCGGCGGCAGGGCGAGGCGAACAGGAUCCGGCACCCCAAGUCGGACCGCGCGGCGCGCUGCACGUCCAAGUGCGUCAGCACCUGCGUCCUCGGCGGCUACGGCGCGCCGGGCGUCGCCGGUCCCUUCAACAUCCGGAGGCCCCUGGUGGUCUUCAAGGACACCUUCCGAAGCCGGCAGUACUGCUUGGUGGAGUGCUCGGACAUCUGCAAUCUACUCAAGGACGGCGAAGAUGACCAGUGA